UGAGAUAUAACCAUUUGGGGCCAUGGAAGAUGAAGACGGCUACAUGGCGUUAAGUCCCCAGCCAAGUAAUAAAAACUCUACAACGCAAGGCAAUUCUCAGCUACUUGCUCGGUACAAAAUCUCACUGGGGAUAUUAGGGGCAGCCUGUGUCAUUCUGGGAUUGGCUGGGAUUGCACUGACCGUGUUUGCUUUGCAGGGAGGCAUAUGUAAAGGUGAGACUCGUGGAACAGCUGCCAGUGCUACUCAGGAUGAAGCAGGAACCUUGAAAAGCGCAAUGAGAGCAGGUGGAAGCCCUUGUUCUGAGCAGAUGGCCAUUCACCUGUGUGAGCCAUUUACAGAAAGUGCCAGGUGUAAGCUCUGUCCAAACAACUGGGUUGCACGGGAGGGGAAGUGCUACUGGUUUUCUAAAGAGAAAUGGCCAUGGCUUCGGGGCUGCAGUGACUGUUCCAGGAAGAGAUCUCAAAUGCUAGUGCUCCGGGAUUGGGCAGAAAAGGAAUUCAUACAGGACGUCACUCAAGAGAAAUAUCCUGUUUGGAUUGGACUUAAUGUUACACCCCUGCGCAACACCUGGACCUGGGUGGAAGGCUCAGCCUUAAAUCAAACCCUGUUCCCACUGCCUCUUCCGGAAACUGGAGCCGGUUGUGGGGUUGUGAAAUCCGGUCAAGUUCGCUCUGAAAUGUGCACCGCUGAAUUUAGGUGGAUUUGUGAAAAAGAAGCCAUUUUGUUCUAACCUGUGAAAACAAGCCACCAACCUUCAUAUGCUAGUAUAAUAGACCCUUAUUAUUAUUAUUAUUUCCCUGAAGCAGAAAGGCUGUACGAGGAAGAGCUGCUAUCACAAGUAAUCACCAUCCCUUCUAUUAGUACACCUGAGCCAUAAGUUCCCAUCAGUUUGGAAACAGGGCAAUCUAAAAAUUAGUUGGUAGCUUCUGAAUCCUCAGGUAUGCAGACAUAUAUAUAUAACUUUGUAACUUAAAUGGCCACGUAUUUUUAUUUUUUAAAAUUCCUGAAACAACCUCCUGAACUCUGUGACCCCCUUCAGCCCAAGCCCCAUAUCUCUGUCACACACUGCUAUUUUGCAAGUGUUCAUUUGUUUUUCUAGUGCCGCACUGGAUGUGGCAAAUACACACGCUGGAAACGGGCAGGGCAGGGCAGAGUAGGAUAGAGGCGUCCUAUUGUAUGCCAUGAUGUGGUCUGGAGAAUUUUCCGUGUCAUAUCUUCACUGGUUUCAAAGUUUUUGCAUAUUAGUAAAAUGUAAGUAAAAGACAGCCGUACCUCGAAAGUUGAACGCCUUGCAAGUUGAACGUUUUGGCUCCCGAACACAGCAAACCCAGAAGUGACUGUUCUGGUUUGCGAACGUUCUUUUGGAACUCGAACGUCCGACGCUCCUGCAGCCUGUUGGAAGCCAUACCUUGGUUCUGGAACUUCCGGAACAGAUUCCAUUCGGCUUUCGAGAUAAACAUGCUAAAUUAGCUGACCAGAACAUUUUCCUAUGUACAUUAUCCUGUGCAAAUAACCUAAUUUGCGUAGAAUAUUCUCCAGGUCAACUCAUACUUAGGGUUGCCAGACUCA